GAAGAAAGACAUUUUGCCGUUAUACUUUGUAUAAAAAAACAGUUUUAGGAGCACAAAUCAGUGAGCUAUAUGACUUCUAUCCUGCAUUUAAAAGUUUGUAUGUUCAGAUGCACAUAAUCCUGGAUCCUGUUUACUGCUCCAAACCCUGCUGGUGUAAAUCCCAGUUAGUCACUGAGGCUUUACUUUUCUCAUGAAAGUUCAGAUUCCGUUGUACAUUAAAGCCAGAGUGACAUUGAUAUAUCUCUCUUCUGAUCUUUACACUUUGGACCUCUGUAAAUUGUCAUUAACUCGAGUUUAUAGCCACAGCAUUGACUUUUCUCAUGAGGUCCUGAGCUGCUUCAGGCUUGUAACGAGGAAGAAGAAAAUUCACCAGAACAACAAACAGUGAUAACAAGGAAAAGUUCAAAAUGCAUAUCGUGAUAAGGAAAUUCCAGCCGUCAGACUUUGAAGCAAUCAAAACAAUAUUUCAAGAUGGAAUCCAGGAGCACAUUAUUCCUUCAUUUAUCUUUGCCAUUUCCCAGCCAUUCCACAUUACUCUGACUCUGUGCUUCUGUAUUGUGGGCUAUAUACUGGGUGGAGAAUCGGUCGGUCUGGCACUGCUGGCUGGGGCAUCCUGGAUUGGCCUAUUGUUGUACUGCUGCUACGAGUUCUAUACUGGGUAUGUACAACUGAAGCUGAGCACAGACAUGCAGGACAUUACAGGCUAUUACAUUAGAAACCCAGACAACUGCUUCUGGGUUGCAGAAGCUGAGGUGAACGGACGACCCCUGGUGGUGGGUAUGGUGGCGGUAGAGGGAAAAAAGCUUCCAAAUAGUAAUGGGAAAAAGUAUGGAGAACUUUUCCGGAUGAAUGUGUCAUCUAAGAUUCGUCACAGUGGUGUCGGGUCACGUCUGGGGAAAGUUGUUGUGGACUUUUGUAAAGAACGAGGGUUCUCAAAGGUUACGCUUCAUACAAGCUCUACUCAGAAAGCUGCUAUCUCCCUUUACUUGAAGAUGGGCUUCAAACUUGUGCAAACCCACACACAGAGUGAAUCUGCUUGGUGGAUCAUCAGGCUGAUCAGAGUUAAGAUUCUGGAAAUGGAGAAAGUUCUUUAAACUUUAAUCCAUUCAUCCAUUCACAUACACUAUAUGGCCAAAGGUUUUUUGGACAGUGGACCUCCUCUGUGCUGGAAAACCUCAAUACUGACAGAAUUACAGGACAUCAAUGCUCUAUACUUAAGAAAUAAAUUAGGUGUGUCAAAGCAAAGGGCAAAUAUUUUCAGUCAGUUGUUUUUACUAAUUAAAUAAAAUUGCAAAUAUUUUUUACUUUUAGUACAUGGUAAUAAAUAAAUGUCUGGUUCCAUGUAGUAAAAAAAAGUUUUGGAAAUGUUAUGGAAGCUUUAUAUGCUGUAGUCACUAUAGGAUGUAGUUACAUUUUGGAUGUCUACCAAAAAGAGAUUAAAUAUUAUCUUAGGAAA